ACUAACCCGGAAGUAACUGUCAAAAAUCCAAACACUAGCUUUACGUAUGAAGCAGAUAAAACAGAUUCAGUUUUGUUGCUUGUACUACUGUAUAUCGCCUUAAAUAUUUUGUAAUGGCUAAGAGGACUAAGAAAGAGGAAUAUUACCGUUUCUUCACCGUUACAGAGCCACGCACACACGAGAAAGGACACACGGAAUAUAAAGUGACUGCGAGGUUUGUAUCAAAGAAGAGACCAGAGGAUGUGAAAGAAGUAGUGAUUUGGAGAAGGUACACCGAAUUGAAGAAAUUGCAUGGAGAGCUGGCUUACACUCAUAGGAACCUGUUUCGAAGACAGGAAGAGUUUCCUCCAUUUCCCCGAGCACAGCUAUUUGGUCGGUUUGAUGAGGCAGUGAUUGAGGAGAGGCGGAAUGCAGCUGAAGCCAUGCUGCUCUUCACUACAAACAUCCCUGCAUUAUACAACAGUCCUCAGCUCAAAGAAUUCUUCAGGGGAGGAGAGGUGAGAAGACCAUUAGAUCCCUGUGUCUCUUCUUCUACAUCUCUACCUCCCCCUCUCAUCCCUUUACCAAAGAGAGCCACUGGCUUGGGAGCUGAAGAGGAGACAGGGACGGAGGCUCCCAUCCUGACCCAGGAACUGGAGUCUACUUUGGUGGAAAAGGAGUUUGGCGAGCCUGAAAUGGCGGUGGAGGCGCUCAGUAACAUGGAAAUCAGCCCAGUACAAGAGAGUCAUGAAGAAAAAAAGGAAGCAGAAGUGAAUUUCAGCACAGAACAACCAAUCACAGUACCCAGCCCUGAGCCUCCUGGAUCUCUAGCUGAUCAGUCAGAGGAGUUUGAUUCACUCUUUGACUGCGUAUUGGAGGAACAUUUAGAUAAUGCACAACCCCAUCUCUCAGGCGAUGACCUAGCCAUCUUUGAUCCAUGUCAUAAAGAAGAUCAGGGCUUUGGGCCUCCUGAUCACUCUGAGCUUCUGUCGCUCAACUUGACCAUUCAGGAUGGUGCAGUGUGUGGUGACGAGUUGGACUAUGUGGUCCAGGCAACCAGUGAGAUGACUGCAGCCCAGGAGAGUGAGAAAGAGGGAGACCACAGCACAGCAAUAAUGCGAUACAGAACAGCAGUUGAAAUCCUCAUGAAAGGAGUCCAAGGAGAUGUGGAUCCUGAGCAAAGGGAUGCAGUGAAGAGGAGGGUAGCUGAGUGCCUUGAGCAUGCAGAGCGACUGCUCUCUUCACAAACUCCUACUCAGCAUCAUAACACGUAGCAUGCACACACACACACACACACACACACACACACACACACACACACACACACACACACAGAAUAUCAUACCUCUUCAACGUUCUUCAGACAUGCUUUACUAUAACAAAAGUGUUACUUUUCAACAAACCUAAAACACACAUGAAAAGACUCACAUACACUUUCACUUUUAUCUUUCUGCAUCUGCUUACUAGCUACAGUAGCUAAGUUCCAACAGGUCUAUGCAUAUGAUAUGAGCACAAGUUUUCAACACUAUGUCCUCCCUUGAUGUGGACUUCCAUUCCUUUUUCAUUAUAUAAUUUAAGAAAACACUGAAUAUUUUUAAUCCAGUGCUAUAUUUUAAAGUAUGUUUAUUUAACGGAAUUAUUGUUAAUAUUCCUAAUGUCUCUGAUUAUCUGUUCUUUUGGCAAAAAAUGUUAAAAGUGACUGAGUGUAAUUGUUUGAAAGUACCACCAGGUGUCCUCAUCAUGCACCGUGUUAAAAAUGUGCUGUUUGUAUGGACUAACUUAUGUGGUUUAAUAUUUAAUUUAUAAUAUUUACUCACAGUUUUGU